AUUAAGCUGCGGGAAGUGUAGUGUGUUGCCAUGGUUUUGAUAAAGCCUGAGAGUUAUGGCAAUAACGUCAUAACAAUGGCGACCAUAGCAGAAUUGAAAUCAGUCUUGAAAGAAUCCUUGGAGAAAAGAGGUGUAAUGGGACAGCUGAAGGCAAGAAUCCGAGCUGAAAUUUUCAGUGCCCUUGAUGAUCAAAAUGAACCACGACCAGUGCUAUCCCAUGAAAACCUUCUCAUAAAUGAACUAAUUCUUGAAUACUUGGAGUACAACAAAUAUAAAUACACAGCUUCUGUUCUUAAAGCAGAAUCGGGACAGCCUGAAGUUCCACUGGAUAGACAGUUUCUGACCAGUGAGUUAAACGUGGUAGAAGAUUCUAGUGCAAGAUCAGUGCCUCUCUUAUAUGGAAUAACAUCUCAUUUUAUGAAUACCUCUCGAGAUGGACAUGGCCAUGGAAAGGUCCCCCAAGAUUCUUCAUUUCCUGCUUCUAGAAGGAGCGCAGUGAGACUGCCUGGAGAAGGAAAUGUAGUAGGUGGUAUUUCUGAACCUGGGCGAAUAUCAGGAGUCAGCUUUGGUGAUCCAGUUGUUUUCCGAGUCGGACAUAGAUGACUUCCAAAUUUUCUUUACUCUUUAUGUUUAUAUUUUUAAUGAUGUGUUUAUUUAUUCUGAGUAGGAAUUAUUCAGAAUUCAUUUCAAACUGAUUCUUAAUUCUGUACUGCAUGUAUUGAUACAGUUUUUGUGUAAAAUGCAUUAUUUUCACUUAUUAGGCAUUUCCUUCGUGCUGUUAGUAUAAUGGAAAAAUGGGGAUGCAAUUCUGCUUUAUUUGUACACGUGCUAAGUGCAUGGUGUUAGGAUUACAAGUUUAACAGUGGUCAGUUGAAUGACUUUCUUGCAAUCAUAAAAUAUAUUUUGUCUAAAAAAGGGACUGAUUUUCUAAUUAAAGAGUGCACAUUGACCUGUUUAAUCAGGAUAACCAUUUUGCUUAUUGCUUUUGCUACUGCAGUUUUGAAAGUAGGUUACCAAGUGUACUUCAGCUCUUUAUCCAGUUUUGUUCCAUUCUGGGUGAAAAGGAAAGCAUUGUUCUACCCCUUGCUUGAACUUGCGUCGGUGUAGCAGGACAGUUUACUCCUAUGAAGUGAACAUAGCAUAUCAGUGGCAGUGGAAACAAACAGAUAACAUUCUGUGCGUCAGUUGCCUUGUCCUUUCUGUUGUUAGAAUUGCACAUCAUGUUUUAUGUUCCCAGCCUUUCAGUCACUCCAUAUAUGUCAUCUCUGCAAUCUUUGAACCUUAAUAAAAAUGACGAACACACAUACCGAAACCAGUAGAGUAAACCAUUUAUUUGCAGUUCGAACAACUAAGCGCCUUCGCCAAUAAAACCAAAGGCUUCUUCAGAGUUAUUCAAAAAUUCUACCCAUACUGCUUUUAUAAUACAAAUCUAAUUAAAAUUCAAACACCUAUCCUCCAUGUUGAACAAUUUCUUAAAAAGACAGUACUAUGUCAAAUUACUCAGAUUUAUACAAAUAUAUUAAUAUAUAUAUAACAUUUUUAAAAAUAAAUCAAAAUAUUAAACUCUGCACUACAUUGAAAUAUUACUAUAUUGUUUUUUAUGUUUAAACAAUUUGAUUAUGCCUGAUUUUCAAAAACGGCUUGAUGGAAAUAAAAUCAUUCAGACCAGGUCCAUAGAUGCAUUUAACAUAAGUUGCCAGAGGGAUUUCUUGCAUUCCAACAUUAAACUCAUGUCACCACCUCGUUCAUUAAUGGAAACCCUGUCUAUAACAAAGAACACAGACUCUGUAAAAUUAAUACAUUUCUCUGAGUGUAUAUAGAGAGCAUUAUGGAUGCCUUUAUUCUUUAUAGCCCUGGCAUGUUCACUUAUCCUGUCCCUUAACCUCCGGAUAGUUUUACCAAUGUAGAAGCAGGGACAGGAUAAACAGGUAACCACAUGCACAACAUAUGUAAUACAGCAAUUAUCUACCAGGGCAUUGAAUGGAAACAUCACUCCCUUGGAUAUAGACAUAAGGUCCAUCAUUUAUGUACCUACAUAGAUUGCAAUUUCCACAUUUAGACAUACAAGAUUUGUACAUUGGAAUGUUACUUUUCCUUUCCAAGAUGUUUUUGACAUUCCUCCCCCUGCUAAAAACUACCUGGGGUUUUGUUCCUAAAAUAGCUGUCAUCUCCUGUUGGAAACUCAGUUCCCAACAUUGGUUGACAAUAUCAACAACUUUUGAACGAACACCAUUAUAUUCUAGAACCAUAACAUUGGUCUUACUACUAUCAUGGGUCAAACCUUUACUUUUGGGUUGCCAAUUGGACAAUAAAAUCAGUGGGAAAGUUGUUUCCCUCUUCAUAAUAACCUCUUUGUUGAUGUUUGUUAAUAAUUUUAAAGGGUAACCCCUUUCCAGGAACAUUCCUAUCAAGUUAUAAAUUUCUCUAUGGAAAACGUCAUCAUUACUGAUGAGUCUUGACACACUAUCUGUCCUUUGACAACACUUCAUUUUUGAAAAUAUGGAUGGUUGCUGGUGAAAUGCAACAAAGUAUUUAAGUAGGAAGCCUUCCUAAAAAUAGUACUCUCUAGACUGUUAGCUUUAUUUGAGAAACUGAUGUCCAAAUAAUUUAUCUGAUUUUUGUCCCAUGUGCUGGUAAAUUUCAAACAGUCAGUGGUCCCAUUAAGGUAAUCCACAAAUUCAAUAGCUUCCUGUUCAUCCCCCUUCCACAAAAUGAGGAUGUCAUCCAGAAAUCAAAUAUAGGACAGAAGUCUUUCAUUAUAAUGCAUUUUUAGGAUACACUCUUUUUCCCAGUCCAAUAAUACAAGGUUGGCGAAAAUGGGGGGCACAUUUGGCCCCCAUUGCCACACCAGCUAUUUGAUGAAAGAUUUCCCCUUCAAAUAUAAGAAAAUUGUUUUUUAACAAGAUCCCCAUGAAGUCGACCAAUAGUUCAACUGUUACCAUGUCAGUUACCUCCAAACUGACAAUACUGUUCUAGAACAUUUCAGUACCCCUUUCAUGUGGGAUCAUGGAAAACAAAUUAACAUCAAUUGGCAGAAAACUAUACUCAAAUUCUUCUGUAUUCCUAAAUCUAGCCAACCUGUUUAAAUAGUGCCAAGAGUCCUUUAUAAUAUGGUCAACCUUGUUUAACAGGUGUUUCAAUUUGUUGUCAAUCCAGGCAGAUAAGGGUUCAGUUUUUGAACCCCUAGUCGAAACUAUUGGCCUGAAAGGUGGAUUUGUUAUAGAUUUAUUGGUUUUGGGAAUGCCAAAAGCUGUUAGUAAAACCCAUUUUUCCACAGUUAGAAAUUCUUUUUCUUUGUCACUAAUAUGUCCUUCUAAAUAUUCUUGUGAUAAAAUUCUGUCUAUGCAAGAAUAUGCCCUGUUGACUUCGUGUCUGGAUGCCCUUACAUAUGUUAACUCUUCAUUCAGUAUCUGCUCCAUCCUGACAACAUAGUCAAUGUGACGCAUAAUAACUAUACCCCUUCCUUAUCUGGGGUCAUAAUUCUAAGGUUCUUAUCCAUGGCCAAAGACCACAAUAGUUGAUUUUCAACCUUGGUCAAACUAUGUUUACAUGUACUUUUAUUUAUAUUUUUUUAUUAUUAUUGUUGGUAACCAAUGAACAUAUCCGUUUUUCACAUAAUCUCUCAAACAUAUCACUUUCAAUGUUGUUUGGAGGUAUAAAGGUACAGUUAUGACUAACAGACUUACAUUCUGGCUUUUGAACAUUCCUGUCUUUAAAAAAAAAACAUCUUUAAAUUCAUUUGUCUAGUAAAUAAUUUCAAAUUUACCAAAGUUCUAGCAACAUCCAAAUGAGAACUUGAGACAAAAGUUAUGCUCUUUUUCAAAAGCGUAAAGUACUCAUUACUUAAAUCCAAAUCGGAAUAGUUAUAAAUUGUGAAACCUUCCUGUUCCACCUUGUUACAAACCAAACCAACUUUAUCUGUCCACAAAUCACUGUCAGUAGUGCCCAACCAGGAAUUCAAGUGGCCAAUCGCCUCCAUUUCUUGGACUGCCUGUUGUUCCAAGACUUGCCGUGGAAGUGGUUGCCACCCUGAUUCCAUCCCUGAACUUGAUUCUGGCCCCCCCAUGUAUGUCUAUAAAAAAGAAAUGGAAGAACCAUUUGAAAUGUCAGGAACAUCUAGUGUGAGUCCCAAUAUGCAGAGACUGAAUGUCCGAAAGAUGAAUUUGACAGAACCAGGCCUAAAUUAUUUUAUUUAACAAAAAUUUCUUUCUUUCUUGUUUCUUACUUUUCAAGUAUUUGUCUUGAAAGCUGUAUCAGUGACUGCUUUUUGCUAUUUUAAUGAAACUGAAAUGCAAAUCUGUUUCGCUCUUUCAGCGCAUUUAUUAUCAUUUGUGUCCAUUUUUACAAAACUUAACUGAGACUACAGGAGGUUAACAAGUUGCAAAGAAAUAAAUAUUGUUUUCCAAAUUA